CGAUUCUCAGGGAGGAGCUCUGAAACACAACGUACCGCAGCCUGUCAACAGAGCAAAUUCACUGAAGUGAUGACAGGACCCAGGGAGAACAAUGCUUUAUUUGAGCUGGAUAUUUCUUUGGCUUGUCACAAGAGAGAGAAUUAAAGGAAUGACUAUUUCAGAUUGCUUCACCAAGAAACUGCUUUGGGAAUAUUCUUCAAUGAGUGAGCAGUUUGUCUUAUUUUGUGGCUUAACGGAGUCGUGCCACAGAAGUCAACUCUCACCAACCCAAGGCUCUGAAAACUUGCCCUACAGUGGUCAUAAGGACUUACCUGAUGUCCAGUGGUACUUACAACCUCAAAAUGGAGAUCCAUUACGGGAACUAACUAACAACUCUGCUCACAUCAUCCAGAAGAGCACCCUACACUUUUUGACGACAGGAAUACAUAAUGCUGGGUCAUAUAUCUGUAGACCCAGGAUUAGGAGCCCUCGGGAUGAGCCCUGUUGUGUCAAGACCAUCUUAGAAGUUAAGCCUAAGACAAAUCUAUCCUGUAUACCAAAUAACUCUGUAUCACAUGAGCAAUACCUUCUUCUUGGUAGCAUUGACUAUAUUCAUUGCCCUAGCUUCAACUGCCAAAUUGACGCACAAAGUCCAAAUGUGACCUGGUACCAGAAUGGAAAGCUACUCCUUAAAGAAAAGAGCAACUCAAUCCUGGUGGAUGAAGUUUUUGAAGAACAGGAUGGCACGUACGUAUGUGAUUACACUGAGUCGGAUAACACAAGUGAGUGGACAGUCAGAGCUGUUGUUCAAGUGACAACCAUUGUGAAAGACACUAAUCACAAACCAGAUAUUCUGGAUCCCAUCGAGGACACACUGGAAGUAGAACUUGGAAAGCCUUUAACUCUAAACUGCACAGCACGAUUUGGCUACCAAAAGAACUUUAUGCCUGUAGUAAAAUGGUACGUUAAAGAUUCUGACCAGGAGUGGGAAUUCCCAACAUCUGAAGAGAUCGGUGUUAAAUCCACCAAAAAGGAUAAAGUCAUUGCCCGCGUUAUCCACUUGAAAGAAGUUACUCAGAGGGAGCUUCACAGGAAGCUUAUCUGCUUUGCCCAGAACUCCAUCGGGAACACUACCCAGUCCAUCCAACUGAAAGAAAAAAAAGGAGCAUUGUUCAUAUACAUCCUGCUUGGCACCGUCAUGACCCUGGCAGGCGUGCUGAUGGUAGCUGUUCUGCUCUACAUGUACCGGAUUGAAAUAGUCCUGCUGUACCGAACCUACUGGAGCAAGGAUGAGACGCUCGGGGAUAAAAAGGUAUUUGAUGCUUUCGUAUCCUAUGCGAAACGGAGCUCUUUUGAGAGUGAGGCCGCUUUAUCUCCGAGUGAGGAAUACCUGGCUCUGAAUCUCUUCCCUGAAGUUUUGGAAAACAAAUACGGAUACAACUUGUGUUUGCUCGAAAGAGAUGUGGCCCCCGGAGGAGUGUAUGCCGAAGACAUUGUGAACGUGAUUAAGAAAAGUCGAAGAGGAAUAUUUAUCCUGAGCCCCAACUAUGUCAAUGGACCUAGUAUCUUUGAACUACAAGCUGCAGUGAAUCUGGCCUUGGAUGAUCAAACACUGAAACUAAUUUUAAUUAAGUUCUGCUCCUUCCAAGAGCCAGAGUCUCUACCUCAUCUUGUGAAAAGAGCUCUCCGGGUUUUGCCCACAGUCACUUGGAGAAACUUAAAAUCAGUCCCUCCCAAUUCCAGGUUCUGGACUCAGAUGCGCUACCAUAUGCCAGUGAAAACCUCUAAAGAAUUGCGGUGGAGCCAUCUCAGAAGUAUCCCCGAAUUGUUUCACUGGAAAUGACUCAGUAAAACAGAAACCACUGGGAGGAGCUCCCAGCCUAGGGAACGGUGAACCCUGAACCACCUCCUCCCCGCCCCUGGUGAGUAGAGAUGUGGAUGUGAGUGGAGAUCCACACAGCACGGAUCGAGUUGCUAUAAGAUGGGAAGUGUUUUGUCGACUCUGAGCAAGCCUGACAGGCCCUAGAAUGACCCUGAAGCUCUGGUAGAGCCUCUGAUAGCCUCUGGACCGAGGAAGAGUAAAUUCUCCGGAUGCUCACACACAUUCAACACACAAUGAGCCUCAGACUUUCCGAGCGGUCUGAGCAGAAUUGGCAGAUAGAAUCACUUUUGCUUUGUGGCUAUCGACUACCAUGUCUGCUAUUUAUUAUACAUAUAAAUUUGUAUAUAUUUGCAAUCAAAUAAAUAUUAUUUUAUUCGAAGUGACUGAUUUAAACUUUGCCUAAAGCUUCUCUGUAAACAACAACAACAAUACUUACUCCAUGUUCACCCAUUAACUCUGGAGCACAGAAAGUAAGUGGGAAAGGCAGAAACCAGGGGGGACAAGGGGCAGACAGGGCCACCG